AUGCGACCUGAUGGUUUUAUUAAUACCCCACCCGAAGCAACUGUUGUUUCUCCACAAUACGUGAUUGUCAAUCGAACAACUCAGAUUAAAAUACCUGUAUCAGAUGCCGAUACCGGUGAUACUGUUCGUUGUCGAUGGUCCGUGUAUACAGCCGGAUCUCGAAAACGAAGACAAGGGUCUGAAUACGAAGGGUUCUACAAUGAACGCAUUGUCAACAUGUAUAGGAAACUAACUUCAGAUGGAGAAACUGCUCACAUAAGAAGAAAACGCAAACCAUCACCUCCAGAUCCAUGUAAUACUAAGACUUGUAAUAGUUAUUGCAAAAACACGUGUCCAUGCCGUUGCUCGACUUGCACAGGUACCACUUGCAGUGGUGAUACAUGCGUUGCACCAAAAUCCUAUUGUCCACACGGUACAACUACAGUCGAAACUCCAGGAACUGUACCAACAACUAUAUCUUACCCCAGUCGUCAGCCAAUUGAUGAAUGUGGUGGCAUUUGCUAUCCAAGUAGUGUACCUAGUGGUACAACUUUAUCCAACUGCAGUUUGUCAUUCAAGGGGAUGGUCCCGAAUAGGUGGUAUGCAAUUGCUAUUCAGGUUGAAGACUUCAUUAAUUCAACGAGUACUACUGCAUUGAGUUCUGUACCCGUACAAUUUUUGAUUUAUGUCAUGCCAGAACCAACAUGUUCAACAUCACCUACCAUCAUUCCUCUCAAAGGUUGUUUGGAGGUGAAAGUUGGCGUUAUGAAAACUUUUAAUAUAUCCGUGGUGAAUCAAUGUGAUCCUACCGAAACUGAUAUUACUGAUCUCUUUGUGUCGAAUAGCAUCACUGGCAUGGUUGCUGGAAAUUUGACUUCUUCGCCGACUAAUGAUUCUCUACUCUAUGUCAUAUUCACUUGGACACCACAAUUAAGUCAGCUUGGAUCUCAGACAUUAUGCACGAUUGCCUUCACCGAUGAACAGGUGCAAUCUGCACAGUAUUGUGUCUCAUUUACUGUGGUAACGUCAGCUGCAGAUUGUAUAACAACAACAACCACAACGUCUACAACAUCGACCACCACCACCAAGACAACAUCGACCACCACGACAACAACAAAGACCACCACUACAACCACUACGACCACUUCAACUACUUCGACUACAUCAACUUCAACUACUUCAACUACAUCAACUUCAACUACUUCAACUACAUCAACUUCAACUACAUCAACUACAUCAACUUCGACUACAUCAACUACAUCAACUUCAACUACAUCAACUUCAACUAGUUC